CCUCUGUUUUUAAAUACACCAUGUACUAUAGUAGUUCUCCCUCACUCCUCAGGCUUUGUUCAACUGUUGGCAGAGCUACUAAUUAAUUUCCUUUUGCUACGCUCUUUUUUUGUAUUUUUGCCACCGCACAGGGCUGAAAAAGUGUGGCGCCGCCAGUUAUAACAAUGCAGCACCGCCGUGGGUUUAGUGGGAUUUUUGGGUUUUUUCUCUGCAUAGUACUGUUGUUGGAGUGCUACCCUACGGUGGCGCUGGGCCAGCGUAACGUGUCAGACCCAGAUUGGCAUCCCGCUACCGCCACCUGGUACGGCAGCCCUGACGGUGAUGGCAGCGACGGAGGGGCAUGUGGGUACGGUUCCCUAGUGGACGUGAAGCCACUGAGGGCCCGAGUCGGCGCGGUGAGUCCGGUGCUGUUCAAGAACGGAGAGGGGUGUGGGGCAUGCUACAAAGUGAGGUGCUUGGACAAGAGCAUAUGCUCGAGACGUGCCGUGACAGUCAUUGUUACUGACGAGUGCCCCGGUGGGUACUGCGCCAACGGCCGCAUCCACUUCGACCUGAGUGGUGCAGCCUUCGGUCGCAUGGCUAUGGCGGGUGAGAGUGCCCAACUCAGGAACCGAGGCGAGAUCCCAGUUAUUUUCCGAAGGACACCAUGUAAAUAUCCGGGGAAGAACAUUGCAUUCCACGUUAAUGAAGGUUCGACGGAUUACUGGCUGUCUCUUUUGGUUGAAUUUGAGGAUGGAGAUGGAGACGCUGGAUCAAUGCAUAUAAGAGAAGCUGGUUCUAGUGAGUGGUUAGAGAUGAAUCAUCUAUGGGGAGCAAAUUGGUGCAUUAUUGGGGGACCCUUAAAAGGGCCAUUCUCAGUGAAGCUAACAACACUGUCAACAGGAAGAACACUAUCUGCAAGGGAUGUGAUUCCCACUAAUUGGUCUCCAAAAGCCACUUACACCUCUCGCCUUAACUUCUAAAUUCUACAAUUGUUGCUUCUAAAAGGCAGAAGCUUUUGCCCAUAACAAAGAGGGGGUAAAAGCACAAAGUACCCUUUUUCCCUUUUUCUUCCGUUAAAAGUAGCCGUUGUCUCCUGGGUUUUUUGAGAGAAAAGUAGCCGUUGGAGUCAGCAUAAAGGGCAUCCAAGGCUCACUCUUUCUUUCAUUUUUUUAAUGGGUGAUUUUUCAUUUUUUGUGUGUAGGUGUAGCCAGUAGCCCUCUCCAAAGGGAGAGAGAGCGUUUGGUAGUUUACUGUAAUAACUGGUGUAAGUUAGUGAGUCCAGUGGAGGAUUUGGACCGUUGAUGUAAUUGUGUUGUCAAGUUUGGAGGCAAGCUUGAUUGGGCCAAGUUCACGUGGGACCUUAUCCACUAUUUAAUAGUACUGUUUUUUGGUGCAAUAGUACUGUUAAUGUACUUCUGUUAGUUGUAGUAAUUUGGUUGAGACAUUAAUAUUUGCACUUAAUAAAACGCCUGUUGUUGU